AAAAAAUGAUAAAAAAACCAAAGCAGUAACAGUGCCUGAGAGUCUUCACUGCCCCCCUUCUUUGUCUUUUAUGUGAAGCUGGGGUACAUUUUCCUUUCCCUGCUGUGAUCUGGGGAGGCCAGAUUUGGUAACUAUGUACCAAGUGAGUGACAGCAAAUAAGAAAACGUGGCUGCUUUUCUUUCUGGGCCUGGAGCUGGCUUAUUUCUCAGUUGCGUCCUGUUCCCUUGUGCAGAGGACCGUGCACCUGUGCGUGGUGUGGGUCCUGACACGGAGUCACGGACUCAGACUGUGUCACGCGUGCCCCGUGUACACUCAGGAGGUCGGCUGGCGAGUAGCCGUCCCUUAACAGCAGGUGUUUAUGCGGUUGCUUCAAGUGCACGUCACUUUCUGGAAGCAGGUGCAGUAGCACCGGCAGAUACCGGCUUGGCCUCCAGGCCUCGCGUUCCUUCUGCCCCGGCCGUGCCUGGGCUGGGUGGGCGUGAGCAGAGGCCGAGCCUCGAGGCUGCAGCGUGCUGGCGUGGCCCUGGCAGUGCCCGCUCCCUGCUCCCAGUGUCACAUCGGAUGAGGCCAGGGGAAGACUCGAGCUGUGUGUGUUUCUAGCCCAGGUGUGAAGUGUGGCAGAGUGGAGCGAGGCCAGGGUGGCGGAUGAUGAGUUAGGACGUGGGACCGUGCCUGUCGUGACCUCAGUGCCGUGACAACCCUGAGGCCCGCGUGCAUGGUCUUCGUGGUCUCCGAAAGCCAUGGCAAGCGACUGGUGUGGCUGCCUUUUUUUGUUUUGCCUUCACUUCUACCAAGAGCAGUAUGGAAGGACGGCGUGGCUUGGCAGAAGAGUCCCCGACCACUGCAAGGCCAUGUGCCCCGACCGCAGGUGCCAGGUUUUAACUGUGCAGCGGAGCCACACUGCCGUUGUCACUGGGAGCCGAAGGGGGGUUUUGCUCGUGGGUCCUUUGUCCUUGCAAGGAGUGUCUGUGUGUGUUGUUGGGGGGCGGGGCUGGCUUUUACCUUUAGACCCUGGGAGUGUGAUGCCCUGCCAUCCAGGGUGUUUGCAAAUGCAGCAUGAGACGGUGCAGGACGCAGCCUUGGAACCGUGACGUUGUGUUCCUGUCGCAGUCGCUCUCUCUGCACAGUCCCCGACCGGCCGCCUACCGGGCGGAGGCACGCAGCUGCUUCCUGAGUGCAGCGCGGAUCGGAGAUAAACUAGGUCACGGUACGGUGGCCGUGCUCGGCAGUAAUGGAGCUGGGCCUGCCAACCGGGGCUCGGGGGAGACUGUCCUUUCGAGCUGGGGAGCCUCUGAAAGGACCGGGUGGCGCGUGUGCAAAACGACAGACAGAAUCUCCAUUCCCUGGGUGAUGUGCCUCCCAGCCGUCCCGCCCAUCAGGAAACAGACACGCGAUUACUUACAAGUCAGGAGCAGCAGUGGCUGAAGUGGUUGAUCCCUCCCCGUGAGCUCUGAGCGAAGGGGUUUUUGGGACGGACUUUGGUGCUCACCAGGCCAGCCAGGAGGUGACGCUUACCGGAAGGCGUGCGGCCUGCUGCACGGAGUCACCUCCCUGUGCACUCGAGAGCACAGUUCUUUUCAGACUUGCAGCCUCUUUGAAACAAAAAGCGCAGAGGGAAGAGGACGCUGGGCGGGCAUCACUGCGGCCUGUUUUCUCACCCUCGGGAGAGAAUGCUGGUUUCCGGGAAGGGGUGAGACACAGGGUCACCGGGACGGCAGGUAUGGCUCUUUGCUGGUGGCUCAGCCAGCGUGACAGACACAGCGUCUCUGUGGAAGCUAAUUCCAGUAAACUGCUCCAGAAGAGGGUGUGCAGUAGCGAGCAGGCAGUGUUCCAAGUGGGAAGAUGGGCGUUGCCGAGCGUUUCUGAAGAACCUUGAAAAUGCUCUGUUAGGUGCUGAAUUGCCGACGGUUUCUGGGUUGGGCUUGGAGAAGACCUCCAGGCUGCCUGUCACUUGGCCUUUCCCUGCAGUUUCUCCAAGGCCCUAAAAAUAGACACCCUGCAGGCUUCACUCUCCGGGGUUGUCCCGGGGUUCAGGGUCUCUGCCUGCUUUGCAGCUUCUGCCUGUCCGGCCGUGCUGUGGGCCUGGUGCUCUUGUGGCCGGGUGUCUGCCGCACACAGGGAGCAGCCCAGCCCCUCAGGGACCCAGGGCUUCAGCCCAGCCUCCUGGCUGGGGGCGUGGGGUGCUCGAGCCCCUGGGGAGGGCUCCUGAUGGGAGUGCUGACCACACUGGGACUCUGCCGGCUGAGACCCCCGUGCCAGGGUCAGGCACAACACCUGUUACCGCCAAGCCCCAGCCACAGUUCACUUACCUUUCUUCCUAACAUUUUUGUCAAGUUUACUUUUUUAGUGGCCAAUAGAUCGGUAGCGUCACAGCUCGAGGGAACACUCGGGGAAGAAUCAGUCGUAUGGAGAAGUCCCGGAAACGCACCGAUGGUGGCGAGAAGACCGCCGGAGGCAGAGACUCCAGUGCCCGCACUUGCACAGGGACGCUGCUGCAUUCGCGUCUCUGUGGCCGCUUUGGACUUCCUGACGUCCUGUACAUGACUGGGCAGGGAGCCUCCCCUCCUCCCUCCUCCGUGCACAGACUUUCCUGAAUGUCAUCAAGAGCCAUGCUUUGUAUUUCCAGAUGCCCCGCCCCCUGCCGUGAGGUGCUGGCUGCCGCGUGCCGUGUGCCCCGCGUGGAAUAUGUCCCUUCCCAUUGCGGGUUCCCGCCUCAUCCCGGGAAUCCAGACGCCGCUCUGAGGAUGGAGAGAUAAGACGCCGGAACCCCGUGCCGCACCCACGCCCUCGUCCCCAUGGAUCGAAAUAGAGAGGCCGAGCCGGAGCCAAGGGGCGGCCCCAGCCCCCCCAGGGCCAGCCGGAGCCGCGAGGGGGACGGGGACAAGGCCGCGUGCCACAGCUGCUGCCUCUGUGGCAAGAGCUUCGCCUUCCAGAGCUCGCUGUCGCAGCACAUGCGCAAGCACACCGGGGAGAAGCCCUACAAGUGCCCCUACUGUGACCACAGGGCCUCGCAGAAGGGCAGCCUGAAGGUCCACAUCCGCGGCCACCGCACGGGGACGCUGAUCCAGGGCCACGAGCCCGAGGCCGGGGAGGCCCCGCCGGGUGAGCCGCGUGCGGCCGAGGGCCUGGACGGGUGCGCCAGCCCCACCAAGAGCACGUCGGCCUGCAACGGGGUGCUGAACGGGGCCGCGCCCGGGGACGGCGGCCGGAUCCUGCUGCGCAGCAGCCGCAGGGAGGCCGAGGGCGCCGCGGGCGCCCCGGAGGAGGCCCAGCCCGCCGCCCAGUGCUCCUUCUGCAGGACCCAGUUCGAGCGGAAGAAGGACCUGGAGCUGCACGUGCACCAGGCCCACAAGCCCUUCAAGUGCCGGCUGUGCAGCUUCGUGACGCUGCGGGAGGAGUCGCUGCUCAGCCACGUCGAGCGGGACCACAUCACCGUGCAGGUGCCCAACGGCGUGGGGGUCUCCAUGGAGAACGGCAAGCCCGAGCUGGGCCCGGGGGAGUUCCCCUGCGAGGUGUGCGGCCAGGCCUUCAGCCAGACCUGGUUCCUCAAGGCGCACAUGAAGAAGCACCGCGGCUCCUUCGACCACGGCUGCCACAUCUGCGGCCGGAGGUUCAAGGAGCCGUGGUUCCUCAAGAACCACAUGAAGGCACACGGGCCCAAACCUGGGAGCAAGAACCGGCCCCGCGGCGAGCUGGACCCCGUCGCCACCAUCAACAACGUGGUGCAGGAGGAGGUCGUUGUCGCCGGCCUGUCCCUCUACGAGGUGUGCGCCAAGUGCGGAAACCUGUUUACAAACCUGGACAGCUUGAAUGCCCACAACGCCAUCCACCGCCGGGUCGAAGCCAGCCGGACGCGGGCCCCGGCCGAGGACGGGGCCUCCGAGGGCCCCACGGACACCAAGCAGUUUUUCCUACAGUGCCUGAGUCUGAGGCCCUCGGCGGCCAGCGACAAGCUCCCCGGCGGGCCGGCUGGACGGCGGGUGGCCGAGUUGGACCCCGUCAACAGUUACCAGGCCUGGCAGCUGGCCACCAGGGGCAAGGUGGCCGAGCCCGCCGAGUACCUCAAGUAUGGGGCCUGGGACGAGGCGCUGGCUGGGGACGUGGCCUUCGACAAGGACAGGCGCGAGUACAUCCUGGUGAGCCAGGAGAAGCGCAAGCGUGAGCAGGACGCGCCGGCUGCCCAGGGUCCCCCCAGGAAGAGGGCCAGCCUGCCCAGUGACCCCAUGUUGCCGGGCCACCUUGACCCGCGGCCCGCCGUACGCCCCAGCCGCCGGGCCGCGGCCGCCGCUGGCCAGGGCAAGUCCUCUGAGUGCUUCGAGUGCGGCAAGAUCUUCCGCACCUACCACCAGAUGGUGCUGCACUCCCGUGUGCACCGCCGCGCUCGCCGAGACAGGGACGGCGACCGGGCCGUGCGCGCCCGCUGCGGCUCCCUCAGCGAGGGGGACUCGGCUUCCCAGCCCAGCAGCCCGGCCUCAGCCUGUGCCACCGCCGACUCCCCAGGCUCUGGGUUGGCGGACGAGGCCGGCGAUGACAGCAGCGAGGAGGCCGCCCCCGAACCGGCACCAGGUGAGCGCGCGUACUUGGGUGGCCGCGGUCCAGGUCACCCGGGGAUUCCACCUGAGCAACCUUGUUCCCAGGCCCCCGUGGCUGGCCCUGUGCCCAGGUGGCCCCACGUCCGGGUGUCCUGAAGCUGGGGUGUGUCUGGAGCCCGGGCUGGCGGGUGCAGACACAGGCACCUGUCAGAGCCACUGGCCAUUCCUUUUUGCUAGUUACCCGUAUGUAUUUGCAUCAGUGAACACCUUUGACCUCAAGCUGAUGGUGUCUCCACGGGCAUUAGGAACUUGUAAGCAAGGGCACCGCAGUGGGCCGCUCAGGUGUGCUCAGCAGGGGACACACGCACAGAGAAGGAUGCACGUGCACCACACACGGGCAUGCACGUGACACACAUGCAUGCACACACCAUGCACAAGCACGUUAUGCAUUCACGUACACACGACGGCUGCACACGCCACAGACAUAGGUGUGCAGAUAGGCCAGACACCUGGUCAUGCACACACAUGGGCAUGCAUGAUGGACACACUCGUGCAUGUACAGCGCGCACGAGCAGACACACGUGUGUGCACGGGGACACAGGCACACGAGCAGACACGCGUGCCCCCGUGCACACAGGCACACGAGCAGACACGCGUGCCCCCGUGCACACAGGCACACGAGCAGACACGCGUGCCCCCGUGCACACAGGCACACGAGCAGACACGCGUGCCCCCGUGCACACAGGCACACGAGCAGACACGCGUGCCCCCGUGCACACAGGCACACGAGCAGACACGCGUGCCCCCGUGCACACAGGCACACGAGCAGACACGCGUGCCCCCGUGCACACAGGCACACGAGCAGACACGCGUGCCCCCGUGCACACAGGCACACGAGCAGACACGCGUGCCCCCGUGCACACAGGCACACGAGCAGACACGCGUGCCCCCGUGCACACAGGCACACGAGCAGACACGCGUGCCCCCGUGCACACAGGCACACGAGCAGACACGCGUGCCCCCGUGCACACAGGCCAACCGGCUGGGUGGAGUAACGCCCGUCACUGUGCAGCGGUGCUGACUCCUGAACUCAGGUGGUCCUGUGCGUGUAGAGACGGCUGACAGGGCGGAUGACGUCCAGGUAGCAGCCAGCAGAAUUUUAAACAGCUUGGCCCCCUCUGUUGACAGAUUUUCCUGCUUUUUAUGAUUUUAAAUGCUUUGAUAGUUCUCCAUUCUUUUGCUGUGGGGACUGUUGUACACGGAAGGCGAGGUUUCAGUUAAGGAGCUUUUAACGUUCUCCACGAAGCCGCGCGUGCCCCUCCCUUCUCCUGCGAGCCAGCUAGCAGGUGUUGCUUUGCACGGAAAGUUCUAGAAAGAUAGAGAUCAGAGCCCCCGGGCGGGGCCGGUGGCGUCUGCAGGGAGGAGGCUGGUGAAGCAGAG